AUGGAAGCAAAAGGUGAAGAUUUUCAAGGUGAGUAUGGAACUAAGGAAACUGAAAUUACCGAAAAAUAUGAUAAGGUUAUAAAAAUCCAUGGAAACAUUCGUGGAGAAUUUGAAGCAUUUGUAAAUGCUACUGAUGAUAAAUUACCUUCUAGUGGGAUUAAGAAAAUUUUAAAAGAUAAGGGUGAAGUUGAGGGUAAGGCUCUUUUAGAAAAAGUUUCGGAAGCCAUCAAAGAUCCAACUAAAUUCCAGGAUAAACCACAAACUCCUAAAAUAUCCGUUGACCAACUCAAAGAAGUCUUUGGAAAUGUUGAUGAUGUAGUCGAUCAGGGCUUGGAUCCCGAAAGAGUAGGCAAGACUAUUUAUACUCAUUGGUUAGAAAUUGGGGAUAACGAAGGAUCUAUUAAAAAAGAAAUGAAAGAUAAAGUAAAAGAUGGCACGAGUGGUGAUGAGGAAGAAAAAUUGAAUAUGACUAGUUAUGGUUCUACUAGCAAAGAUGGAGAUCCGGACAAGCCUGGGAUGGUGAAAUAUCUCUGA